GGGGGGGGAAGGAUGCAAUUUUCAGUCACCCGAGAAUUGUCCCCUGGAGGUUGGGGCUCAGUGUGGUGCAGGUUAGCAGAGAACGUGUUCCGAGUUGGUGUCUGGCCAGAUGUUGUGGACCCCACUGGGAAGUGACAGCUUGGAGGGGGUCUGGUCUGGGCCACCUCUCCCGGGUGUGUGGGUGGUCCCUGACCUCGAGGAUGGGAGGUGUCUGGUGCAGACCAGAGCGGAGGCCCCUCUUUGCACAGGGGCUCACGGCUAGAUCGGGCUGGUGUUGUGGUUUGUCUUCAGGGACUCGCCCCACUGCCACGCACCUUCAGGGUGGGGCAGAAUUAGGCUGUUGUGAGCAUGUGAGGCAGUUUAUUGCUGUCAAGUUGAUUGGUGUUUCAUUUUCCAUGUGAGCCACUGUGAACCUAAGUUUUGCCCCACCUGGCGCACACAGCCCGGGGCUUAGGGAUGCCAGAUGGUUCAGCAUCCCUCGGCUGGUGUUUUGGCUGGAAUUUUGUGCCUUAGGAAAAUGCAGAUUCCUGGAGGGGUGUUUCUUCAAGGCUUCUCAGUUACUUAUGCUUUGGUGGAAGUUGGGUCUUAGACCCUUUUCAGAGUGGCUUUCAGUGGCUGAGAGCUGCUGGGAGGCGGUCAGAGAGUAGGUGGAAGUGAGGCUGGCACCCAAGACCACGCUUGCCUGGGAGGCUUGGCUGCCGGGGUUUGUAGGCCCGGAGGAGGGAGAGCCAGCUGUCUUGUCUCCCACCUGGAGUCCAUGCCCUGGACUUGGGCCCCGGGGAGCGCGGCCGGGUCACCUGAACUUCUUUCCCUUUCCGGGCUGGCUCUCGGCCCGAGCGCAUGGUCCAGGAUGCUUUGGAGGCUUAGGGGACAUCUGGGUCUUCUCCACAAAGCAGACCUGGCCUCUGGGGGAGCCGAGAUGGAGGAUGACUGAGCCCCAGCCCUGAAUGAACCUCAGGGCUGGGGGUGGGAGGUAGCUUCUCCAUCAGCCCUUGGAAUCCCAUCUGCCUGGCUUCCAGAGGUGCUCUGCGCCAUCAGUCCCAUCCUGUCCCCAAGGCUAUCUGUCCGAUCUGUGUGAGUCCCCAGGUGGGAGGAGGCCAGGAGGCUGGCAGCCCUGGCUUUGCGGAGGCCUGCCCCUCCCCCGUGCGCUCAGGCACACCUUUGAUUAGGAGGCCAUUGGCUGCGCUUGUGCUGAGUUCAGGCCUUCUGUGGAGGGUGAAAUCUGUUGAGAAGGCACUUUUCUGUGUGAUCUCGUCAGGAAGUCACCGCUGCGCUCAGCAUCGGGGGUGGAGGGAGAUGGGGGUGGGAAAAGCUGGUGCCGGGGCUUCUCCUUCCACAGACAGCGGUGGGACCCAGGCAGUUCCCUGCCCUCUGGUCUGUACACCCUGUGCCCAGGGUGGGCGUGGCCUCAGGACCUUCUGGCCUCCAGCUCUGGUUUUGCCUCCUCUGCUCUGGAAGAACCAGGCUCUGGAUCAGCAGGCCUGCCUGAGACCCCAGGCGGCCUGGCUGUGGGGAGACACCUCCAGCCUCCUGGUGCAGGGCUGGGUGGGGGAGAGUCCACCCUGGAGCCCACUGUGCUUCCACUUCCCCAGCUCACACGUCAGCUCCCUGUGAGGGUAAGACACCCUGCCCUGGCCAAGCCGGAAUGGCCUGAAGUUCUGUGGCUUCCUCCAGAGUGCCUGCUUGCCGUGCCCCCGGGUUAUGACGACCCCCAAUAAAGGAAACAAGGCCUUGAAGGUGAAGCGGGAGCCUGGCGAGAAUGGCACCAGCCUGACGGACGAGGAGCUGGUGACCAUGUCAGUGCGGGAGCUGAACCAGCACCUGCGGGGCCUGUCCAAGGAGGAGAUCGUGCAGCUGAAGCAGCGCCGACGCACACUCAAGAACCGUGGCUACGCCGCCAGCUGCCGCGUGAAGCGGGUGACGCAGAAGGAGGAGCUGGAGAAGCAGAAGGCGGAGCUGCAGCAGGAGGUGGAGAAGCUGGCCUCGGAGAACGCCAGCAUGAAGCUGGAGCUCGACGCGCUGCGCUCCAAGUACGAGGCCCUGCAGAGCUUCGCCAGGACCGUGGCCCGAGGCCCCGUGGCGCCAGCCCGGGGCCCCCUCGCUGCCGGCCUGGGGCCCCUCGUCCCCGGCAAGGUGGCUGCCACCAGCGUCAUCACAAUAGUAAAGUCCAAGACGGACGCCCGGUCGUAGGGACGCGCACUUGCCCAGGCGGGUCUGUGAGGGGCUAUUAGGCGCGUGUGAUUUCAGCAGCCCUGUCCCCUUCCUCCUCCUCCCUCCCUUCCUCUCCUACCUCUUCCCUUCCCUGCAAAGCACAACCCUCACCCCAGGGGCACCGGGCUGAGCCCCUUGAUCUCGUCGUUGUCAUCGUGUGUUUUGUAUGUUGGGAUGGGUCAGUUUGGCGGUGACGUGGGGUCACCCCAGGCCCCUUUGCACCAAGGCCACGUGGGCUUGGGACCCAGAGUUGGCCCUGUGGGAAUGGAUGGAAAGACGGAGCAGCUGUGGGGCUCCAGUUUCCUGAGCCGGGGCUGCUCCAGGAUGGGAGGGCCGCUCCCUUACGAGCAGCCCACAGGCCCUGACGGCGGCCUGGCUGGUGGAGUGCUGGGUGGUUCGCUCGCAGCUUGGCCAGCAGGCAUAGGUGGGCUCCGCUUUGAGGAUUAAGGUGUCCUUGAGGGCCCUGGACAGGCAGGCCAGCGGCCUGACGGUGGGGGGAGGAGCGUCGAGUGACCUCGGGCCAGGGCCCUUGGUGCGCUCGCCUGGCGUGUUGCGCUGAAGACCGAGUCGCCGGUGGUGCGUGAGCACGAGUGAGGGCGUCCAGUGUCCUGCGGUGGCCCCGUGUCACUGUUUACACGACCUGUCUGUGUGGUCACAUAGCCCUUUAUUUAAAGAGAAGUUUUCUUUUACGAAGUUAUUAAAUUAUAUGUUUAAAAGCUAAGGGAAAAAAAAGCUUCAGAGUAUUUAUAAAACUGUCUUUUUACAAAAAACAAGCAAGAGCAUUUGACCGUAUAAAUGGAAAAGGGAAAAAAGUAUAAUAGAAACUUUGCUAGUUUAAAAAAAGAAAACAAAAAAAAAAACAAAAAAAAUCCCUUUCUUGUAAACUUACAGACAAGUCUUUGUGGCUGUUGGAGUUUAGUUUUUAUAUACACAGAGUUAUCAGAUGUUAUUUAUAAAACUUAGUUUAAAAAAGACAAAAAACAAAAAAAGCCCAGCUGCGAGCGACCAGAAGGCGCGUCCGCCGUCCUCUUUGCCGACUCUUUUGCAAUUGUACCGAAAGUGACUUACGCCCUUGCCCUUCCUGCUUCCGUCUCCUGCCGGUGCAGUGUCGUCGUGCCUGGUGAGGUCUUGUGCAGCGUCUUGUGCUGGUGCUUCUGGUGACCUUUGACCUGUGGGUGUCACUUCUUGUGUCUGUUUUCCCGUGUUUGUUUUCGGAAUCGGUUGUGUUUUGCUUCUGCUGGCUUGCUGGGCGCAGGCUGGGGUUCCAGGCAGGACCUGCUCUGGCAGUUUCGGGGGGGGGGUUCUGUGCCCACCAGCCCAGUGUCUUUGGCCUCGCCACCUGCCCCAGGCGUCCAGGAGGUCUGAUUCCGGGCCCUGCCUCCCCUGGACCUGCUGCCCUUGGCUUCGCAUGUGUGUGGCAGGCUUGGGCUGAUCCAGCGGCAGGGUAGGUAACACCGGGGGCUUUCCCGGGAGCCCCGCACGCUGCUUUCGUGCUCACCGCCUCUGGCCCUGGGUGGGGGCUUUGCAGAGACCAGGGAGUCACUGUGGGUGCCCAUGGGGCCACAGCCAAGCUGCCUGCCCUGCCUGUCUUCCUUCUGGUGUCCAGUCGCCCUGCUCUGGCUCUGGCCACUGCACUCCACUUUGUUUCACAUGGGCCUCAGCAGGAGCACCCAGGGGCCUACUGACCCCAGAACUUUUUGUGCUGCGGGGCGGUGCUUCCUAGGCAGAGCUGGGUGGUUCCGGGGCCCACCUGGGGCAGCCCCUUGUGCCUGCCUGAGGGCCUGGGGUCACCACCAGGACCAGACAAGGGCUGCAUCUCCAGGGCCAGGUCCCUUCCUUCCUCUCCCUGAACAUGUCGGCAGCUCUGGGCUUCGGGCCUCCUUCCGCCUCCCUUCGGGAUCUGUGUCUUCCAGGGAUCCGAUGCUUGGCUUUAUGGGGUACUUGUCUCUGGGGCCGAGCCUGCCUCCCCAUCCCAGCCUCCGGUGGAGGCUGCUGGUUUCCCAUGCUUGGGAAGGCUCCUGUAGUCACAGGAGCCUGCACUGUCAUCCCCAGGAGGCUAGUGCCGUCUCCAAGGGCCACCGCCUCUCCGUGGGGCUGCUGGUUGGCUUUUCUGGGGGCCCCGAAUGCCUGUAAAAGCUCAGAAGUGCAACUAUGUGGCCUGGCGGGGUGUCACCUGGUGGGCAGCUGGGUUUUCAUCCCAGGGAUUGGCCCCUCGUGCCUGUGGGGCAGGAGCAGGGGCGUGACGUCAGCUUCCACCGUGUGGAUGGCUUCUCUGGGUCCAGGUGUUUGGAGGUAUUUCCGCUGCACCUGGGUCAGCCUGCAAUGCUGAUUCGGCCACUUGCGCCACACCACUCAGUGGCUUCCUCCCUCCAGUCUGCCUCUGUCUUAGGGUCCAGACGGGAGUCAUUGGUGGGUGUAGCAGCAGUGCUCUGGAAUCGAAUCCUAAUGAUCCCUAAAGAGAGGCCAUGCCCGGUCCCGGCGGCCCUCCGUGGCUGUUUUCCAUCCCUACUUUUGUCCUGACUGGGAGGCGGUUGUCCAUCUCUGCACACUUCGGUCCCACUGCUGACCUGGGGAACGGAGGGAGGAGGUGGGUUUUCCAGGGGGUGGUGCUGAGCAGAAAUUGCAGGUCCUUGGUUUGGUUUACAGGAGAAGCGUCUGGAGUCAGUGAGGACGUGGUUCCUUUCAGAGUUUUUGGACAUGAAGUGACUGCCCCCUGGGUCAGGGGAGCGUCCAGUUCCCGUCAAGCCAGCCCUGCAGGGCCACUCCACCCUGCGUCCCCUUUCCUUGGUUUCUUGACAGCAGGUUCUGUGUCCACGUGUGACUGGUUGGUGUCUUUCUGGUUCUUGUUAAUUCAGUUUUCCUGCUGUGAGGGUGUCGUGUUCCCUCUUCUUCUACUCAAUUUUCUGACACAGCGAAUCGAGGGCUUUGGCCAAAGCCAAGUCUUUCAAAUGUGUCCACUAAGUAAACCAUACUGUGCCCCACCCCACCUCCCGCCCAACUCCUCCCUUAUCCCAGAACGGACACUCAGAUUUCAGAGAAUCUUGUGGGAACAGGUCCACCCCUUUUCCGAGCAUGCCCCAGGGAUGCCCCCCCACCGUGGCUGCUGCUCCGGGUGGCACUGCCUUUUGUGCAGGCGAGAAGGCAUGGCUGUUCAGCGGCAGCUAGGAGGCGUGCCGCUUUCUGACGAGCUCGUCUUCCCUUGGUCUGCGCUUCAAGUCUGUGUGCCCAACCCUGACCGUCAGGAGCAGCUGCAGUGGUCUUGCUGGGGCCCAGAGCUCUGAUGUGCUGUCACCUGCUUUGGGGCCAGUGGUCAAGCCCCAUCUGGCCCCUGGUGCCUCCAGGUCCAGGGUGUCCGGCUGGCCAGAGCUCCCUUCCACAGCUGGGAAGCCUGGACCACAGCCUGCAGCACUGUUUCCGCUCUGGGAUCUUGAAGCUACUUUUUUAGGCUGUGGUUUGGUGAGAGGAACCAACACAUUAACGAUUUUUCCCCCAGAAGCCACUAAAUAAUUCUUUUUGGCGCGUUUUUGCCUUCCUGUUGGCUGUCUGGUCUUGGAGCAGAUGGGGAGGUGGGGGGUGCUCUCACGCAGGCGGCCUGCCUUGCUCUGGCCUGUGUCUGGGGUGUGUGCUAGGCCUGUCGGGCCAGUUGCACCCCACCCUGGAGCAGCAGCCUCCAUACGUGGGUGUCCCCAGUGAACUACGAGGAGCGACCCUUCCUUCUUCCCCUCCUCAAUCCGCUAGUCCCGGAAGCCUUUAACCAAACGGGGGUGGGUGCAGCGAGCCUUCUCCUGGCAUCUGGGGCAAACAGGACAAGGGCUGCCCGGUGUGUCCUGCUCUGCUGCUCUCCUGGCGCUGAGAGGGUGGGCCCGAGCAGAGUCAUUCGCACUCUGCCUGCCCUGACCGGGGCUGAAGCCAGGGGUAGGUGGGGGUACCCUGGGGUCUGCCCAGCGGCUGGGGGUUGUUGGAGGUCCGGGUAGAGGGGGCCUCAUGGGGGCGGCCCGCCUUGGAGCCACCCUGCCCUGUGCAGUAUUUAUUGCUAAAUUAUUGUCCAGGAGGGGCGGCACUGGGCCAGGCCCCGGGUAUUUAUUGCUGUACAUAGUGUAUGUUUGUGAUAUAUGAGGUUUUCUUUAUUUUGUAUAUGAUCAAUAAACUCCUUUUAAAAAGA